AAAUAAGAGUUCCAGAUUCUUUUCGAUACAAUCAACACGCCUUUUUUUCAUUUAUCAACAUUUUUUUUAUAAAAACUGACGUUCAUUUUCCGGGAAAAUUGACAUCAAUCAUAUGUUAAAUAAAGAUUUGUAUUUUGUAUUUGUGGUUUGUAAUACAAAUCUUUUUCCCCAUUUUUAUCUUUAUUAUGAAAAAUGAUAAAGUGUUUGUUUAGAAAGAUAUCUACCAGACGCAUUAACCUAAAGUUGUAUAAAGUGUUCGUGGUGUUAUUAUGAAGCCGCUGUACAAAUUUGUUGUAUUUUCGGUUCUAUUUAUUUAUAUAAAUGCUAUGCCAGAUGAAGCCAAAUGGGACUAUUCAGUUAAAACGAAUUCUAAACCAAUAUUUCUUGAACACAAUGUAUUUAAAGGAGCUAGAAUGUAUAUUAGACUUAAUUGUGACAGAGAAAUUCCUGAUUCCAAGUUGACAGUGACUCUAAUAAUACUUCAAUCACCUUGUUGGCUUCCGGAUGAUACUUUUUUGGAACUUGACAAUAUAAUAAGUAACAAGCCAUCAAAAGUCCCAAAGGUAUUGCAUACCGUUCAAGAGCAUUCUUGCAAUGGCGACAUUUUCAUAGAUGAUCUCACAAUUUCUAACAGAACUACUGGUGAGGGUAUGCACCCAUCCUACGAAUUUAAACGGGACGGAGUCUACGUUUUCGGUCUAGGACUCACAACAAAUGGAUCAUCAUUCAUUAUUAAUGCACACCUUGAAAUUAAAAGCGAUUACGGGUAUCUCUCUGCUGUAGACUGGCCUCUCUUACCGUUUUACGGCGGUAUGUGCGUAUAUUACAUCAUCCUCGGAUUAGUGUGGUUAGUAGUUUCCUUUUUGCAAUGGAGAGAUUUACUCAGAGUCCAAUUUUGGAUAGCAGGUGUUAUUUUGUUGGGUAUGCUGGAAAAAGCUACCUUUUAUGCAGAGUAUCAUAGCAUAAAUAAUACCGGUAUUAGAAUUCAAGGAGCUAUCAUUUUUGCUGAAUGGGUAUCAUGCGCUAAAAGAACUUUAGCCAGAAUGUUAGUAAUAGUGAUCAGUUUGGGUUUUGGAAUUGUCAAACCUAGACUAGGUUCAACCUUGCAUCGAGUUGUAGGAGUAGGAGUGCUGUAUUUCUUACUUGCAGCCUCCGAAUCGUACUUAAGAAUAACUAAGGUUAAGUAUCGCGACGACCUUAUAGCUACGGUACCUUUAGCAGUGCUGGAUUCUGCUAUUUGUUGGUGGAUCUUCUCAGCUUUGUUUGCUACAAGAAGAACCCUACGUUUGAGGACAAAUGAGACUAAGUUAUCUUUGUAUAGACAUUUCACGAAUACUUUAAUAUUUUCUGUAAUAGCUUCCAUUAUUUUUAUGGUGUAUUGUUUUAAAGUUCAUCGCUUUACCGCAUGCCUAACUGUAUGGAAGAAUAUAUGGUUAGAGACAGCGUUUUGGCACAUACUGUUCUCAUGUAUACUGUUAAUAAUCAUGAUCUUAUGGCGCCCAACUAAUAAUAACCAGCGAUACGCUUUUGUACCUUUGCUUGACACUGGAGAUGAAAAUGACGAGGAGGAACAAUUAGUCAGUGAUGCAUACGGAGUUAAAGUAAGGAUGCAUAAACAAACGUCAAGGUCGCCCAGGAAUUCUGAAGACGAUGAUUUGAAGUGGUUAGAAGAGAAUAUCAAGACGGAUCCAACUCUACCCAUUUUAGACUCUGACGAGGAGUUAGUAAACACACGAUUCGAACUGUCAAAGAUGCAGUAAAGUUUUUAAAAUAUUAAAUAAGCCUUAAUUACUUGAAACUAUAGUAUUAAUUUAUAACGAUGCUGUGCUACUUUUAGAAUAUCACUUCGAAAGCUCUUUAAAUUGUUUAUUGUAAUUUAUUCGUCAUUAAAAUCUUUAUUUAUUAACGA